CCGGAACACAUUGCGGGUGCCAUGAUUCGCUUGGCCGUGCAAGUGGCACACGAAGCGUCAGUCGCAUGUCGCCAGAUCUGCUUCAGGUGAAAGAAGAGGCGCGAGAAGCAGAUGCUGCGUGGCAGGCUGCUGCCGCAUUGUCGGACAUUGCUGAAGCACUUGCAGAAGGACAUGGUGAACAUGAUGAAGGACGUGACGAAGGAGUGGAAACCAGUGAGGGUGCUGCUGCCAGUGUCUUGAGUGAGCAUGAUGGGCAUGCCACUGCGAUGGACACGUCAGCUGAGCCAAGUUUGUCCCAUGACACUCCAGCAAGUGCUGUGGAUGCCAUGGAUGCCACGGAUGAGCCAAAAGAGAGUGACAGUGAUGCAGCCAUGGCAAAGGCCAACGCCACCAAGGCCACCGAGGUGAGUGAUGAUGUGGCCGUCCGUGCUGCUGAAGCCUUGGGUCGAAUUGGACUGAUCAAACUGCCGGAGCGGCGGCCGAAGGCCCCGAAGGCAGGCGACCCUGAAGCCGAUGCCAUUGAGGCCAUGGAAGCUGCCAUCCUUGCAGCGGAAACACCAGCAGCACCUGCAGCACCUGCAGCACCUGCAGCACCUGCAGCACCUGCACCUGCAGAGGCCCCGCCAAAGACCAAAACGGCCGUGAAGGCGGCACCGGCAGCAGCAAAGAGCCGGGCACAGUCCAAGGCCUCUGUGAAGGAUUUACGUGCGAAGCUCGACCAAUGUCGUGAUGACAAGACCGCCGUCAGCACCGCCAGCACCGCCAGCCCUGCAACCAGUGCCAUUAGCGGUGCCACCAGCAGUGCAACAAGCGCGGCGAAAGCGGCAAGUGCCAUGGGCCCGGCAGCCAUUGCAGCCGCACCCGCACCAGGUGCCGGAGGCAAAAUGCCGCUGGGCACCGCCUCCGAACUCAGAGCAAAGCUCUUGGAGGCCAAGCAGCGGCUUGGGGUCGGAGUGGCCAAUGGGCAAUCUCCUAUAACUGCCCUGCCUCCGCCACCAGAAAAGAAGGACAAGAAAGAGAAGAAAGAGAAGAAGGAGGGGAAGGAAAAGAAAGAUGAAGAGGACAAGGACAAAAAGAAGAAGAAGGACAAAAAAGAAAAAAAGAGAGAGAAGGAAGCAAGGCAAACACCCAUACCAAAGCAGCAGGCUUUACCAUUGCUUUGCGAGGAGAAGGAUGCCAAGGAUUCAAAAGAAGAGGCCGAGAAGAAAGUUGCCAUUGAACAAGCGAAAGCUCGACGCUUGGAGGAGCUUCGUGAAAGAGAAGCGCAGAAAGUGCAGCAAGUUCACUCCAAAGCUGCUGCACGCAAAAAGAAAGAGGUAGAAGAUUCUGUUCGUGAAUUGGCCCGAAAGCUUUCACAAGAUAUUUUGGAGAUUUCUGAGAUCAUCAACGUAGAGAACAUCAAAGAGGAAGCAGUGAAGCGCGAGGGUCGAGUUGGUCAUUUUGGAGUUCCAGGGGCCAUGGCCAAUGUAAAGUCAGAGGUGAAGCAAGAGACCGGAGCGGCUGGACUGGCCCUAGCUCAGCUCGCUUCUCCAUCCAUUGCUGACUUUGUGAAAUCCGAAAAUGUGAAGUCUGAGAUGGCGCAGGGCAUGAAAUCUGAGACCGGUUUGCCAGGUUUGCCUCCAGGGUUAGGACCUGAACAGCGGCAAAUGAUCAUUUCACCCGAGCUGUACGCGCAGCAGAUGUCGCAGCUGAAGUCUAUGGCAACACCUGAAGCCAUGGCUCUGUCGGCUUCAAGUUCUGCCGCCACACCCCACUUUGAUGCACGACUGGAGGCCGAAGAUUUGACGAAACCCACCGUGUGCACCAUCGGCUGGGAACCCAAUGUGGAGCCUCACGUCAUGAUCAAACUGCUGGAGGGCUACCGCAUUGGCGCCAUCAUCGACGCGCGGCCGCCAGAGUUCAACACGGACGGCUUUGGCCACGCCUGCGCUGCGCACGGCUGGACCUACGACCGGCAGCCCGUGCUGUCCAUCCAUCCCUACGACCUGGGACCGAUGGGCCCUGUGGCGUUCAACACCAUCGGCAGAAUUGUGAGUCAAGCCCGUGCAGCUGCUGCUGCUGGCAAUGACGGAAGUUGCCGACGGCAGUGCAUUUUGUUUGCUGGAGACCAGAGUUGGCAGGACGAGUGCAAUUGGCACAUAGUGAACCGACUGCGUGGAUGUGCCAUCGAGGUGCAACAGAUCAGCUUGGAUCGCUACUGGGAUGAAGCCGCCGUCUUCGAGGAGGAGACCGAAAAAGGCGGUGUCAUCGUGGCGGGUCCUCCCUUGACCCAAGUGGUGGACGAGCUCCGCAACCAGGUGGGUCUCCCGAAGAUCGGGGACGAGCGCGACCGGCAGCUGAUGGUCACGGCGCGGGCGGGGCUGGAGACCUGGGUAGCCAAGAAAUUCAAACAAGACGCGCGUUUAUCCUCCAAAGUGCUGGGACCUGAAGCCACUUUGAAGGAAAAAAUCGAUAGUCUUCGUGAAGCUUGUCCUGAACUCUCACGUGUUGUGAGCAUGGCUCAUUUUUUGCGCAUGAUUGGAAACAAUAGUGCCCAUACGGGCGGUGCUGCGAUCCCACCUCGCUACCAAUUGGUUCAACUGGUGCAGAAACUCACUCAUGAAAUCAAAGAAGCUGAUGCCGUUAGCAAAGCACAUGAUGAAGCUGACAAGAAAUGGGAAACCGCUGAGCCCUUUGCCGCAGUGUUGGCCAAAAUUUCUGGAGAACCACAGCAGAAUCCGAGGGCGCCAGUGAGUGCGCGGUUGCAGCUGCAGCAGUCCAUCAUUGUGCCUCAAGAUGGGGAGCAUAAGGCCACAUUGGUUUACUUGCAUCCCUUUGGCUCAGGAAAUCUCCGAUAUCUCCAAGGGAAGUCAGCCUUCUCAGCCAAAGGAGUCAGAAUCGUACUGCCACUUGCACCGACGAUGCCUAUCACAGCAUACAACAAGAGGCAGUGCAUCAGUUGGUUUGACUACUAUGGGAGUGACAGGGACUUGGAAGCGGAUCCGCUGAGUUUGGAAGAUGUGCGGGUGCGUUUGUCCUUGACCUUGGAAAGAGAAGCCACUCUUUUAGGAGAAAAUGGGCACAAGCGGCUCUUGAUUGGUGGUUUGGCACAAGGUGGUGAGGCGGCUCUCCAUGCUGCCUUGAUGCAUCACAAGGUGCUGGGAGGUUUCGUGGGAGUCUGCACCAACCUCCUCCCAUGCACUCUGCCUGAAGGCGGGGGCCGGAUGAAGUUGCACUUCUUCGGCUAUGACCGGGAUCCCAGGAAAUGGGCCAGUCAAACCCGUGACCCGUUGCUGGCGCACCAUGACUUGGUGGAGCACGGCGAUGUCUUUGGAGAAGCUGGGGCCUUCAAUUUGGCAAAGAUCGACUUCAAGUUGGAGGCUCAGUGCUUGCACUUGGCCAGUGAGGUGCUCUUGGAACCUGAAGCAGAGACCGAAGACGCCGCAGCCGUGGAUGCCACGGAUGCCGAUGCAGCUGAAGCUCCAGAGGGUGAAGCUCCGGAUGCCGAGAUGCAAGAUGAAGCCGAGAACGAAGAGAACGAGCCAGAAGAGAUAGAUGGCUUGCACUUGGACUGUGAGGCCGCCUGUGAGGCGCUCUUGGAAGCUGAAGCAGAAGAAGAGAGGAAGAACGCCGCAGCGGUGGAUGAUGCCAAUGCAGCUGAUGAAACCGCACCCACAGAUGCCACAGAUGCCAAUGCCGCUGAUGAAGCCGCACCAGCGGAUGCCGCUGAUGAAGCAGCACCAGCAGAUGCCGCUGAUGAAGCAGCACCAGCGGAUGCCACGGAUGCCGCUGAUGAAGCAGCACCAGCGGAUGCCGCAGAUGCCGCUGAUGAAGCAGCACCAGCGGAUGCCACGGAUGCCGCUGAUGAAGCAGCACCAGCGGAUGCCACGGAUGCCAAAGCAACUGAUGAAGCUCCAGAGGGCGAAGCUCCGGAUGAUGCCAAGAUGCAAGAUGAAGCCGAAGUAAACGAGACAGAAGAGGCAGAUGGUGAAGGCGGUCUGAAGAGAAAUUCGGACUCUCUAACUUUGAUGAGGGCGACGGCUAAGGUGAUGCCGGCCAAACGGGCCCGGACCAGCUACGAACAAGACGCAGACGGCCAAGAUUAAAUUAAGAGUGACAGAGUUGGUACACUGAGCAAUGC